AUGGAAGACAUCUUCUUGUACACUUUUCUGGCCAUCCUAGUCUGCUUGUUCAUCACCCCAACGCUGUUUCGUCGGCUUCGUUACCGUAACCUCCCUCCGAGCCCUUCCUUUUCUCUUCCCAUACUCGGCCACCUCUACCUUCUCAAAUCACCAAACCAUCGCACCUUCCACAGUCUCUCUCGGAAAUACGGCCCCAUCUUCUCCCUCUGGUUCGGCUCCCGCUGCGUCGUCGUUAUCUCCUCCUCCGCCGCCGUGCAAGAAUGUUUCACCAAAAACGACAUCGUCUUGGCAAACCGUCCGCCCACGCUAAUGAGCAAGUAUUUCGGGUACAACCGAACUACCAUGACGGCCUCCCCUUACGGCGAUCACUGGCGCAACGUUCGUCGUAUUGGCACUGUCGAGGUCUUAUCAAGUGGCAGGCUCAACUCGUUCGAGGAGGUUCGAAAAAACGAAGUCAAGCAUUUGCUGCUCAAGCUUUCCCGAAAUGCAGAAGAAGGUCGUUUUAUGAAAGUGGAGCUGAGGUCCUUGUUAUUUGAGCUGACCUUCAACAACAUAAUGACAAUGGUAGCUGGGAAGAGGUAUGUCGGAGACCAUGUUGCGGACAAGGAAAUGGGGAAGGAGUUCAUUGAGAUCAUGGACGAGGCUUUCUCGUACAGUGGGGGGACCAACGUGGGAGAAUUCAUGCCUUUUAUCAGAUGGUUCGGAGGUAAUGGUUAUGUAAAGAAAUUGAAGAAGCUGAGCAAGAGAGCAGAUGUGUUCUUGCAACGUUUGAUUGAUGAUCACCGGAACAAGAGUGCAUCAGAGAGAAAGAAUACCAUGAUCGACCAUUUGCUUUCUCAGCAGGAGUCACAACCCGUGUAUUACACUGAUAAGAUUAUCAAAGGACUUAUACAGAGUCUAUUAUUGGCGGGCACUGAUACAUCGGCAGUGACAAUAGAAUGGGCUACUUCCAAUUUGCUAAACCAUCCAGAUGUACUAAAGAAGGCUACAGCAGAAUUGGAUGCUCAACUGGGUCAGGAACGCCUAGUAGACGAACUAGACAUCUCUAAGCUUCAUUACCUUCAAAAUAUCAUCUCAGAGACACUUCGAUUGUGCCCGGCAGCACCAAUGCUUGUACCCCAUUUUGCAUCUGAUGAUUGCGUUGUAAGUGAAUUCAAUAUACCACGCGACACACUGGUAUUGAUCAAUGCAUGGGCAAUACAUAGAGACCCGAAUUUGUGGGAUGAUCCUGAGACUUUCAAUCCUGAGAGGUUUGAAACUGGUGGUAAGGAUGUGGCACACAAGUUUAUACCAUUUGGAAUGGGAAGAAGGGCAUGUCCGGGAGGAGGAUUGGCCCAACGAGUGGUCGGCUUGACUUUGGCCUCAUUGAUUCAAUGUUUUGAGUGGGAGAGGGUCAGUGAGAAGGAGAUUGAUAUGACUGAAGGAGCAGGACUCACAAUGCAUAAGCGUGUGCCAUUGGAGGCCAUGUACAAACCUCGGUCAAUUUUAAACAAGAUCGUUGAUUAA